AUGUUGCUCAAAGACCCCAACCCUGAUGAGGGCGACAGCGCCAGCCAUGUGCCCGCAACAUCCGGCGCCACGUUGCUGCCACGCCCUGUAGCCUCGCUCAUCUCGCUGCUGACGCAAUCGACAUCGCUCUCGCUGCGCCUAGGGACAUUUGUCGGUGGUUUCGCGUUAGACAGCGCGCGCACGACCACGCUGACAGGCCUGGAGUUGAGCCGAGCGGUCAUCGAGAACAUCCUGACUAGGGCUGGGCGUGACGUAGCCGCGCGCUGCGGCGAUGAGCAUGGCCGCGCCGAGGCGGAAUCGCUUCUGGAACGUAGUCUGGCGACACUCCACGCGACCGUUACCUCGGCAUCGUUCUUCGCCGCGGCGACCUUCCACUUCUCGUCGACCACAUUGUCUUCCGUCGUCAAUUUCUCACAGGCGUUGCUGUCGACUCUCGACGCCAUUCUCGGGUCCACAGAGUCGUCCAGGGCUAUCGCAGCCAUUAUCACGGUCAUCCGGCGCGAGUUUAGGUCCGUCGAAUCCGGCGUCAGUGCUGAGAAGAUUGGGGUGAGUGAUCUCUUGAUCGGCACCAUUGGUUUUGCACUCUUGCAGCGCUGGGGCAAGAAGAAUACAGAGCGAUAUCUCCACGAGAAUGGCGGAGAUGAGAUCAUUUGGGAUGUCGUCAUUCUGGACAACGGCGCACGAGCCGAUGUCGUGGGGACACACCAGGUGCAGCUCGGAGAGACGAGGGAGGACGAAUUGCCUCCGGAGCCCUCCAGCGCCGCUUCAUUCGUUAUGCCAGGGAAAGGCGAUGGGGGCUUUGAUGCCGUGCACCGUCGGGCCAGUAUGGCAGAGAGUAUUGGCGGGUCGCGUCUAUCAUUCCCCUUGGACGGCCAACAGCCAGCAUCGGAUGAGGACAUCCGCGCAUACGUGAUGAGCCAGCUUCCUGCUGGAUGCCAUGCCUCUGUGCGGUCCGAAGCGCUGACUGCGCGAACUAUCACUGUGGAUAUUUUCGACGACGACAUGGCGGAGAUCGCCGCGCCGCCUGGGACCACCAUGAUCGAGGAGAGGUUCCAUCAUGAUAAUGGGUAUGCCAACACCAAUACACCGGAGUACCAGCGGCUUCCGAAACACACAAUGGUCUUCCGGACGGCAUUUAAUCGAUCCCAAAGUACGGAGCUACACCCAUACGAUGCCUACCCACCCGAGUCUGAGCCUGGUCCGCAAACACUUCCCCCGGGAAACCAGCGCACAAUGACACAGCCUCAUCUUGCGGUAUCAAACGGAACACCACAUGGGAUGCGCAACCAAGUUUCCCCCGAAGCAGCACCAAUGAAUGCCAAAUCUGCCAGGAGCUCAUUCACCAAAUUCGCACAAAGGGUCAAACCAGCAGAGAAGAACGAGGUUCCCAAACGGCCGCCACCAUUGAAAAAACCGCCCAAAGCCUCCGAAUCCUCUCGGGCCACCAGCUCCCGCCAAACUGCGCGGCCUGUCAAGGGCGCCGGCGCGGUGAAAGAAGCCACUGCACGCGAGCAGGGCGCCAGACCCGACCCUCGUCGACCAUCUACACCAGCGCCCAAUCGAGGUAUCCCCAGGUCACCGCUGCCUCAUCCCUCUCCGAGGCAGUCUCAGUCUCCACAACAGACCAAACACGCUCCGUCACGAGAUGCGCAUCACCGCGGUAAUAUCAGACCCAAUUACUACGCUAUGCGGGAGCGAAGCCAAGAGUCGCUGGUCACUCAGACAGACACGUACUCACGCCGGACGACAGAUCGACGUCCCGGCUCGCCUGCCACGACCCGAAAGCACGUUCGCAGCAGCAGCUCCAUGUCCGUGACGCGGUCUGAGGCAGACACCACCGUCUCCCCGACAGACUAUCGACCCAGCUCAUCGGCGCUGCACCACAGAUCGCACUCCUACACGCCUAGCAUGUACUCCCUAGCAACGGCUGGAUCCGAAACAUCGCUGGUACUUGCACAUCGGCCGCGCAAGAGCGCCUACGAGGAUAUGGAGACCAUCCACGCACUCCAUCGCGACGGCUAUGUGCCCGGCAUUUUUCCUGAACGGCAUUUUGUGCAGAAUAUCCGCCGUUUCUGUCGCUUUUCGUCGGCUUCAUAUGGGUCGAAUGCAUUGAAGGUUAUGGGUGUCCCGAAGGGCAGCACUAAGAGCCUACCACCUCCCCCACCUGGACCUUCAUCAUCCGAGCCAUCAGAUACCCACGAGCACAGCGCUUUCUCAGAUCAUGCCGGCCUCCCCCCAUCGACAAUCCUGCUAUCAUCCUUCGUCGAUCCCGCUGGCGGCUCCAACGCAGCCGGCGAAACAGAAACAGGCUUCCCACUCGUCCACUACCUCUGCAUAGACCACGACUCAAAAGCCGUGGUGCUAACGCUGCGCGGCACAUGGGGGUUCGAGGACAUCCUCACAGACAUGACAUGCGACUACGACGAGCUAGACUGGCAAGGCAAGACCUGGAAAGUGCACAAGGGCAUGCACGCCUCCGCGCGCCGACUGCUUGACGGCGGCGGUGCGCGCGUUAUGAUCACCCUCCGUGCCGCGCUCGAGGAGUUUCCGACCUACGGCGUCGUGCUAUGCGGGCACUCACUCGGCGGCGGUGUUGCUGCGCUCCUGGCUACCAUGAUCUCCAAGCCUAGCACCGCUAUUGGCGGGACGUCCACCCGACGACUCUCCCACCUCGUCGUCGAAUGCGAACGCCCCAGCCUGCUCCCUCCCCCCAACCGCCCAAUCCACGUCUACGCCUACGGCCCACCAGCCGUGAUGUCCCCUUUCCUCCGCCUCGCAACACGCGGCUUAAUAACAACAGUGGUAAACGGCGCCGACGCCGUCCCCAGUCUCUCUCUAGGAAUCGUGCACGACAUGCACAGCGCGGCAAUGGCCUUCAAAAGCGACAACGCGUCCGGCGCACGCACGCACGUGAGCCAACGGCUGCGCGAAAGUCUGCGCCAAAGCAUCGUCCACAAAUUCUACGUCAACCAGCCGCCGCUAGUUGUUAAUGCCGGCGACGGGGUUGGCGAGGAUGCGUGGGCGUGGAAGACGCUGCGGUUACUGCGUGACCAGAUGUCUGCGCCGAAACUCGUUCCCCCCGGGGAGGUCUUUGUUGUGCAGACCAUGCGUGUUCUUCAGCGAGAUGCUUUCGUGGCGAACUCCUCCUCUUCGGAGAUCGGGGUAUCCGAUGCGUAUCCGCGUCUGGGGCGCCCGGCGACGAGGGUGCAGUUACGGUUUGUCCGCGAUGUCGAGGCUUGGUUUGGUGAGUUACGCUUUGCGGCGGGGAUGCUGAGUGACCAUAACCCGGCGAGGUAUGAGACUAGUCUGGCGGCGGUGUCGAGGGGGGUCAUUGAUGAGUGA